UCAUCCCACAUUUCACUAGCACAACAGGAACAUCGGGCUCCACACUGCCGUGCCAACUACCAUUCAGCAUGUGGAACAAAUUGUCACUUACAAGCACACUCAGCAAGUGGAAGGAUACCGGAGACGACGUCGAUCCUGAAGAUACGCAAGUUUCACGCUGCUUGCGAAAUUAUUAUCUUGAAAAAACUGGCACUUUGCCUUCCUGGUUGCAGCCUCCAAACUGGAACGCUUCACAAACAACGGAGACUGCACGACUCGCAAAAGCUUACCACAACCCAAACUCUUUCAAUCUCUCCUCGUCGUCCUCGCCGGUGUCAAGUAAGCAUGCUUCGUCUUCGUCUGCUCAUGCUUAUUCCUCUCCUUCACGUCCUCCUGCUCCUUCUUCGGGUCUACGUCGCGCUCCUAGCACGUUUGACGAUUUGUUUGAGUCAGUCAGUGCACGCAAGUACGCGCACCACAGUGCUUCUCACACUCCCAGCACUCCUUCAUCUCUGUCUUCCUCUCAACGUACACCACUUUCACGUCCAUCCACACGUUUCAAGUAAUUAUGCAUCCGAGCAUCCGGGAAAGCGUUUACUGAACUUCUGCUUCCAAAGAUCCUUUAAUAUUCUAUAAUGAAACAGUUAUAACG